UGCGGGGGAAAUGGGUUUUAAGCCACACUCUCUAGCCUUCUCUGCUCUUAUUGGAUGCUGUGCUCGCCUUGGCCAGCUUUCUGAUGCAAUUGAUGUGUACCAAGACUUGGUCAAUUCGGGAUUAAAACCAAAUGAAUUUGUAUAUGGUUCUUUGAUCAACGGAUUUGUAGAAAAUGGCAGAGUUGAAGAAGCAUUGAAGUAUUUUCGUCACAUGGAAGAGUCUGGGAUUUCUGCAAAUCAAAUAGUUCUUUCAUCCCUCCUAAAGGCAUAUAGUAAGGUGGACUCCCUUGAUGGAGCGAAAGUACUCUAUGAGAGGUUGAAAGAUCUAGAGGGUGCCCGAGAUAUUGUUGCAUCUAACAGCAUGAUCGAUCUUUAUGCAGACCAUGGGAUGGUGUCUGAAGCCGAAUUGAUUUUUGAAAAACUGAGAGCCAAGGGUUGGGCAAAUGAGAUAACAUAUGCGACCAUGAUAUAUCUUUACAAGAGUGUGGGCAUGCUUGAUGAAGCCAUUGAUAUAGCAGAGGAAAUGAAACUGUCAGGUCUGGUGAGGGACUGCGGUUCAUUUAACAAGGUAAUGUCAUGUUAUGCCAUUAACGGGCAGCUCCGUGAAUGUGGGGAAUUAUUGCAUGAGAUGGUAACUCGGAAACUCUUGCCAGACGUCGGGACUUUUAAAGUAUUAUUCACAAUAUUGAAAAAAGGUGUUUCAAUUGAAGCAGUGACGCAGUUAGAGUCAUCCUACCAUGAAGGGAAACCUUACUCUAGGCAAGCUGUCAUCACCAGUGUCUUCUCUAUGGUGGGUAUGCAUGCUUUGGCGCUCGAGUCCUGUGAGAAAUUCACAAAAGCUGAUGUAAAGCUCGAUUCUUUUCUCUAUAACAUCGCAAUAUAUGCUUAUGGGGCUGCUGGGGAGAUCGACGAGGCUCUGAACAUGUUCAUGAGAAUGCAAGAUGAAGACCUGGAGCCAGACGAUGUAACCUAUAUUAACCUAAUAGGUUGCUAUGGAAAAGCUGGUAUGGUCGAAGGUGUGAAGCGAAUAUACAGCCGGUUGAAAUACGAAGAGAUAGAGCCAAAUCAUUCCUUGUACAAAGCUGUUAUGGAUGCCUAUACAGAUGCCAACAGGCAUGACCUUGCCAAACUGGUUAGCCAAGAGAUGAGAUAUGAGUUCUACUCAGAACAAAAGACGGGUUCCGAAACUAAAGAUGAGUCCGAUGAGGCUACUUCAGAUCUUGAGGAUGUGUAAUUGUUUGAAGG